AUGCACUUGCGGCAUCCCAACAGCGUGGCCCAUGUUCGACUUUUGGUAAGAGCUCCCUGGAAGAGAUACGUGGUCGCUGCAUUUUUCGUGGCCUACUACGCUUGCUCGUUCAAACUCUGGUCAGACACUGUGGGCCAACCGCAUCAAUGGGCACUGGAUGAACAGAAGCGCCUGAUCAAAGAAAAGGCGGAGGCCGCCAAGGACGGAUGGAACAGGAUUCCGAAGGUGUCUACAAGGAAUGUGACUGGGAUCAGCGGAUUGCCUUCCAUGCCCAGCCCAGACACACCAAAGGAGAAGGGCCUGUCUUUCACCAGUGGCCAGCAAGACCGAAAGGAGCCACAUUGGAGAUCAAGUUUUGAGAUUAUUACACCCGGCAAGAAUUGGAACCUGGGCAAGAACAUGUUCUGUGCAACUUGCAAUCAUCCCAAGCCCACGCUCAAUACGAUGGGCGAGCGCGCGCAUGAUUUUUACCCUUUGGCCAGUCAAAAGAUGUAUUGCCAGGGGCAAAAGAAUUGCCCAGAAUGCCAUGCCAUUGUGCACAUCAGCCACUCUGAAUGUAUGGCGUGUCGCGAUCGAAAGCAGAAUGCCAUGAAUAUCAAUACGCAUCAAGCGUGCGUUGUCACCACCGCCACAGGUAGCAAGGAUGCCAUGAGGUCUGCGAGUGUUCAUGCAAUCAUGGCGCCAGAAAAAUUGGCCAUCAAGGCUCCACGGCCAAAGACAGCUGUUGAUGCCUUGGAGGACAAGUACCGUGGUGUGGAUCCAUUGGCCAUCAUUGACGAUUUGGAGAGGGUGAAAUCGGGUGGAGAUGGUCUGCCCACCAUGGAUGAAAUCGAAGAAAAGAAACGUAUUGCCGAAGAGGAGGAGGAGGAGAAGGAGCGAGAGAAGGAACGGGAACGCCAGCGACAGGAGCAAGCGGAGCAGACCAAGAAGGAUUUGGCACUGGCGAAGGAGCAAGCAGUGCAGAUGGAGCAAGAGAGAAAGCGGAAACGAGAGGCAGCACAAGAUCUGAUCGCUGCCAUGCUGGACGCGGAGGACGCUGCGGCCCCGCCCGCGGUGAGCGCGGCGACUGCGGCGAGCGAGGAGGUACCGGCCCCGGCGGAGCAGGCGGAGGAACGGAGGCAGAAGCUGCUGCAACAAGCGGAAGAGCUGAGGAAGAAGCAGGAGGAGAUAAAGCACCGGCAGCAGGCCGAGGACGCCGCACGCAGGGCGCGCAUGCGCGAGCGGCGCCAAAGGAAGGCCGGCGGAGGCAGUGGAGCGACAGAGGACCGCUAUUGGACCAUUUCAGACCCCAGGAGCGCCUGCCAAAGUCGCUGGCAAGGCGAGACGAUCGGGCACCGGGAAGACGAGAUCUUGAGCCUCUCCAGUGCCACAGGUGCCACAGGUGCCACAGGUGCCACUGGUGCCACUGGUGCCACCGCCAAGCCACGAGAGGAAGAGAACGUGGUGCCAGUGGGCACCGACCUCUCGCUGCCAAUGGGCACCGACCUCUCGCUGCCAAUGGGCCGGCGCGUGGAACCAGUCCCAGGUCUCAUGCUAUGGGCCCCUCCUGCGCCUCACCUUCUUCCGCCCUUGCCACCGAUGAGCUACGAACUGCGCUGCUGGAUCCAAGCAUUGGAAAGGGCGCAGAACCCGUCAGCCUUCCCCGGUCCACCUGGCCCCUGGCGGCCUCGGGACUCGACUGGCUCCUUGAAGGACUCGGCCGAGGGGGAUCAAGAAGCCGCGACAGAAGUCAUUGCGAAAUUGCAAAAGGAGGUGCGGGACAUCAGCAAGGAACGCGAUGAAAUGCGCGAGGUGUUGGAAAGCCAAGAACAACAACUGCAGGAACUAAGUUCCUUCGGCUACUUGGCGGUGGCUGCACCUUUGGAGAUGUUACAACAAGAAAGUGCCGCGCGAGAGCAUCACCUGGCCCUGGAACGCGAUGAUAUGGAACUGGAUCAGUUCCAACAUUUCGCAGCUGAGGAGCUUCAGCGACUGCGUGCGGAAUUGCGCACGGUGCAUGUGCCACACUCCGAAGUGAGCCCACAGAGGGUGGACCCACUGGAGCCCGAAGAGCCGAAGAUCCAGGUGGACCUGCGAAUGGCCAGGGACAACAUGCGAACUGUGAUGCACGCCAACACCUUCAUUCGCAGCAUGAAGGGCUUAGAGACGGAGUUGGAGUUGGAUGAGGAGUCGCUACCAUCUCAGUACAUGCCGGGAGCUUUCGCCUGUGUCUUCAUUUUCCUGAACAUUGUGGCACCUGGGCUGCAAAGACCACGUGAUCCCUUGAUUGUGUUCUAUUCACAGCUAGAAUGUGCAUGUGCUGUUUCACCUGAUGUGCGUUGCCGGACUGCAGAUUUUGAGCGUUUGCCCAGUGAAGAGAAAAGACGAGGUUCAAAUAACUGGAAUGAUGUUUGGUCCGUUGCUUUCAGAGCUUUGUUCCUUUUCCAGCCAGCGCGUCGAGUACAUCCUGGCAGCACCUCGGCUAUGGCAGCCAUAGAUGCCAUAGAAGGUUUUGUGCGGGUGACACCGCAUGCUAACAAGGGCAAGGCCGACAUUUGCUUAGUUCACGAGUCUGAGGUGACUUUGAAUUGUCACUUCAAGUUUCAGUAUCAGAACUUCGAGUUCGUAGAAGCUGGAACAGAAGAUCCAGAUCUUCUUGGUGACGUGGAGACUCCAGGCAUCCGUCUGAUCCAGUGCCCAACCAAUCAACCUUGGCGCAGCUAUCGGGACUCCAAAGGACUUGCCACGUCGGGCCAGGUGGAGUUGGCACAGGACAAGUACGGUUCGAACAUUUUCGAUUUGCCGAAGCCAACCUUCAUGCAGCUUUACCAGAAGCAGCUGAUCUCACCCUUAGUGAUUUUUCAGCUUUUCUCAGCUGCCCUUUGGGUCAUGGACACCUUCUGGAGAUAUACCUGCCUCACCUUGGGAACCAUCCUGAUGUUCGAAGCUUCCACGGUGUUUCAGCGCCUGAAAUCCAUGGCGACCUUGCGCGGCAUGAGCACCAAGAGCUGCUUGCCUCCAUGGGUCUUUGUUUACCGAUGUGGGAAGUGGGAAGAUCGGCCCAUCGAAGAAUUGCUGCCUGGGGAUCUCAUCUCCUUGCACACCAAGGCAGAGGAACAGAAGCAGGUCGCGCCGCUUGCAGAUGGCGAAAAGCCACCUGAGAAGAAGGAGACUUUAGUGCCAUGCGAUUGCCUCAUCAUCGACGGCAGUGCCAUUGUGAAUGAGGCCACCCUGACAGGCGAGUCCGUGCCACAGAUGAAGGAUGCCAUGGCGCACGGCUCUGACCCCGAGAUUCUGGUGGAUUGCUUCGGCACCCACAGGAUCCACAGCCUCUUCAGCGGCACAUCGUUGAUUCAGACCACGGCACCGGAGCGGCCCAAGAAGACCAACAACUUGGCGGAUCCCAAGAGUCCGCCGGAUGAUGGCAUUAUAUGCUUUGUGCUGCGAACUGGUUUCAACUCGUCUCAGGGCGAGUUGAUGAGAAUGAUUGAGUUUUCCACUGAGAGCGUUGGCGCUGACGUGGUGGAAACUGCAUUGCAGCUGGCGUUCUUGUUAGUUUUUGCCCUGGUUGCAGCUGGAUAUGUCAUGAAGAAGGCAUCGGAAGAUCCAACGCGGCCAACCUACAAGACUCUCAUCCGCUGCACUCAGAUUAUCACCUCAGUGGUGCCACCAUCACUACCGAUGCAGAUGGCAUUUGCCGUGAACACCGCCUUGAUGAGUCUGUUGAAGUCAGGCAUUUAUUGCACUGAGCCAUUUCGAGUGCCAUAUGCUGGGCGUGUGUCGCAUUGCUUUUUCGACAAGACAGGUACAUUGACGAGUGAUCAGAUGGUGGCGGUGGGCAUCGUGAAUGCAGGCGGUGGUGACAAGGCGCCCAAAGUCGCGGCAGUCAAGGAUGCUAACACCAUGGCGUGUGUAGUGCUUGCAGGUUGUCACUCUCUGAUUGAAGUGGAAAGCAAGUUGCUCGGUGAUCCGAUUGAAGUGGCUGCGCUGCGCUCCAUUGCUUGGAGUUACCAGCCCUCCAGUAGCACAGCAUCGCCAUCAAACUGGCGAGCGAAGGAGAUCACCAUCGCAAGACAGAAAGAGUACAUGGCUGGAUUAAAGGAUGACAUUGAGUCGGACAAAAAAGAGAAGGAAGAGGUGAGCAAAAAGAUCCAAGAUCUCGAAAAGAGUUUGAAAGCGGACAAAGUGGAGGCGGGGAAGUUGACGGUGGCGAUCAAACAUCGCUUCCACUUCUCUUCCGACCUGCAGAGGAUGAGCACCAUUUGCAAGGUGACUUGCGCGACUGACAAAUGCCAGUCCGGCGUCUAUGGCUUAGUGAAGGGCUCACCUGAGGCUAUAGCGAAGCUGUUGCAGGAGAAGCCCUCUUGGUACGACAGUGCUUACAAGUCCAUGGCUGAGCAGGGGCAGCGCGUUUUGGCGCUGGCAUACACACGCAUAGUUGACACUUCGGAUUUGGGCAACAAGCCUCGAGAAGAAGUGGAAAGCCAUUUGACCUUCGCGGGUUUCAUCGCCUUCAAGUGCGAAACCCGAAAAGAUAGCAUGUUAGUCAUCAGAUCCUUGCAGGACUCCAGCCAUGCUUGCGUCAUGCUCACGGGCGAUGCACCUUUGACGGCGCUCAGUGUUGCUGUCGAGGUGGGCAUCGCGCAGUUUAGCCCCAACAAUGCUUUGGUGCUCACCGAAGUCGGUGAGGAUGGCUUAGAGUGGCGUCCUGCCAUCACAUCAGGUGCCAAUGGUGAUAAGGUAGAGCCUGUGAAGUUUGAGGCUGCAGGUGGCAGAAACUGGGUGUUUCCGCUGCCCUUGGAUUUGCUUCUCCUGAGUCGCAUCCGAAAGCUCGGGGAAAGCCGGGAUUUGAUCAUCACCGGUGGACCCCUGGAGCGUGCUUGGCAGCAGGGGGAUACCCAGACGAUGCAGGCGCAGCUGAGCAGUGUCAAGAUCUUUGCUCGGCUUUCACCCUUCCAGAAGGAGCAGAUCAUUCAGGCCGUGAGGAAGAGCGAAAAGAGCUAUUCCUUCAUGUGUGGCGAUGGUGGCAAUGACGUUGGCGCCCUCAAGGAGGCAGAUGUUGGCCUGGCUCUGUUGAGCGGCUUUGGAAAUGCCAAUGUGGAUGCCAAGAACCAGGAGGAGCAGAAAGCCGACGUCGGAAAAGCAGAAGAUGCUUUGGAAGCUGUGCGAAAGGAAAACCAGCAGAAAGCACAGGAAAUCAUGCAGAAGUCCAAGGUAGAAAUGGAGCGCAAGCGUAAGGACUUGGUCUCCAAGCAGCAGGAAUGGAUACAGGAAGAGCUAGAGAAGCGCAAGGCACGUGGCGAGGAUGUGGGUGUCAUGGCGCAGUUUUCGGCCAUGAAAUCCGUCAUGGGCCGACUCCAAGCAGAGAUGAAGAAGGAACAAGAAUUGCAGCAGAAAAAGCAUGGCACUGCUUUCGCAGCCGGAGCUGCAAAAUGGGCAGAAGGUUUGGACUCCAUGGAGGAUACUCCCAUGGUGCAGCUGGGUGAUGCCUCCACUGCUGCGCCCUUCACCACACGGACACCAUCCAUCAGCUCUGUGGUGGACAUCAUUCGACAGGGAAGAUGUACUCUCCUCUCUGCUGUGCAGCAGAUGCAAAUGAUGAUGUUGGAGUCCAUGAUCGCAGCCUACACCAUGUCCACAAUGUCAGUGGAUGGUACGAGACCAUCCGAACCGCAGAUGAUGGCCAGUGGCGUUUUCGUCGGCAUCGCAUCCUUGGCCUUCUCCUUUGCAAGGCCGUUGGAUCGGAUGCAUCCGGUGAGACCGCUCUCCUCGGUGUUCCACCCGGCCAACCUCUUCAGUAUGCUUGGACAGCUUGCCAUCCACCUCGUCUGCAUGGUGUACAUCGCCAACCUUGCUAAGGAAGUGAUGGGAGAGGAGGCUGUUCGAGAUAUUAUUGAAUUUGAGAAGGAGCGGAACAAGCGAAUUGAGGCGAUGACGGAGGAAGAGAUGAGCGAAUGGAACUGGUUUAGCUCAGUUCCCUUCAAGAACAACUUGCUGAACACCUGCUGCUGGCUGGUCGAAACCGCGCAGCAGGUCUCCGUCAUCUUUGUCAACUACAAAGGUUGCCUGACAGACAUUCCAAGACGGAGUGGAGAGGGGGCAACACAGACUUUGGAGCCACUCAAUCCCCGGCCUCACGCAAUACCAGUUUACAAGUCCAGGGGCGUCCAGGGCGUAGAUCAGCAUUGCCCAAGACAAUCGCAAGGGUUGUAA